AUGUCUUCCAAUCUUACUGUUGGGCCAUCUGGUGGCUCGUAUACUCUACCCAGGUUCCAGCCAUUAACAUGGUCUCCGCAGUAUGCCGCUGCCGCCUUCACCCUCGUUGUCAGCUUGGUCUGGUUCUCGUGGAAAAAGUGGACAGGAAGCCGGCCGGGGCUGCUCCCCGGCAUCCACGUCGUGGGUGGCAGCAGCAGGCACGAGAUGGUGAAGAAUAGGGGCAGGUUCAUGCAUCAUUCCAAAGAUAUGCUUCUCGAGGGCUACCGACACUCAAGCGGGCAGGACUUCUACUACGUGCCCUCCCUCGAGGGUGAGCGCCUGGUCAUCCCCACGCGCUUCAUGGAGGAGCUCAAGUCGGCGCCCAUGCACAAGGUCGACUUCGUGGGCGUGGUCCGGGAGCUCAUGGAGGGAAGAUAUACCCUCGUGGGCGAUCGGUCCCGUCUGCAUCCCGACACUCUGAAGUCGCACCUCACCCCCCGUCUUGCUCUGGUGGUGCCGGCUGUCCAGGACGAGAUACGACAAGCCGUGAGCGACGUAUUCCCCCCCUGCGACGACUGGACCGAGGUCGCCAUCGUGCCUGCCAUGACCGAGCUUGUCACCCGAGCCACCAGUCGAAUGCUGGGCGGUCUGAGUCUCAGCCGGAACAAGGAGUGGAUUGACGCAGCUGUCGAAUUUGCCCAUCAUGCCUUCUAUGGCGCCCAGAAAAUCAAGGCGAUUCCGUGGCCGGUGCGACCACUUCUCGCCCCCUUGAUCCCCGAGAUCCGGACGCACAUUCCAAAUUGCGUCCGGGCGACCCGGCGGGCUGCCAUACCCAUCCUGGAGCAGCGUGAGAGGGACGGGGAGAAAACAAACGACUUCCUCAGCUUCCUCAAAGAAGCUGCCAAGGGGAAGCAGAGGGACAACAAAUACAUCGCAAAGAGUAUGCUCCUCACCGCCUUUGCCUCCGUCCACACCAGCUCCGCGGCCCCAUGCCAGCUCAUCUACGACCUCUGCAACAACCCCCAAUACUUCGACCUGCUUCGCGCAGAGUAUGCUGGGCUCAUUGACCAUGACGGCCAAAUCCCCAAGGGGGCGUUUGGUCGCAUGACCAAGAUGGACAGCUGCAUGAAGGAGAGCCAAAGGCUAUGGCCAGCGACUUUGCUGACCUUUGAGCGCAUCAUCCACGAGGACAGGACACUAUCCAACGGCCUGACCGUUCCUGCCGGCACCCAUAUUGGGGUCUCCAACUACGCGGUCGGGCGGGAUCCCAACAUUUUCCCCAAGCCGGAUGAGUUCGACGGCCUGCGAUUCGAGAAAAUGCGCAACGCAGACCCGAGCAUGGAAGGCAAGGCGCAGUUCGUCUCCUGCAACCAGACCAGCCUGACCUUUGGCUAUGGCCGUCACGCAUGUCCCGGCCGGUUCUUCCUAGCGGACGAGUUCAAGGCAAUCAUGGUGCGUCUGCUCGAGACUUUCGAUAUGAAGUUCGCCGAGGGACAAACAAGACCAGAGCCCGCUCAGUUCGAGUCGCAGUGGAUCAUCGACCCCUCGACCAAGAUUCUCUUCAAGCGGCGGAAACCCGUAAUCGCUCAAUGA